AUGCUUCGCAGGAACAGCUGCAGAAGCCAGAACCGCCCCCUGAGCAGGAGCAGGUCGUCCGCCUCCAUUGUGCGAAACCCAGUCCACGAACUCACGAGCAUCGAACCUUAUGUCGCCGAGCGAGACGCGUAUCUCGCCGCAACUCUCUCGUACAACAGAGCCCAGCCACAAAGCAAUGGCGGCGGAAAGACUUCACGCUUGCAGCGUCAACAGAGCGUGAGGUUUGUCGGCCCCAACGCCCAGCCGCAGAGAAGAUUAGCCACUCGAGCAAGCAUGGCUUUGGUGGGCAACAUAAAUAUGCCUCGGCGCCCUGCCGGCUCUGACUCUCACCAUCUUUCUCCCUCUUCGUUUGGGCCACGCGAGGACGCUGCAUCAUUAUCAUACGCGAGACUACGCAAGUCGAGAUCGAUGUAUACUCCUUCAAUAGCAAAGACUCCAAACUAUUCGAUGGAAAACAGCGACCACUCCGAAAUGUUCAACGGUUGGGUGCCGACGCCGCGCUAUUCAUCGUUGGUCAGGAAAGAAAACGAACCCUUUCGGAGCUCUGGUGGACCGACGCUGAGAACACCCAAAUCCAUGGGCUUCCUCUCAAGUGACUGCGAAAGAUCCAUGUCUCGAGACAGUAUCAGUAGCGGUCAUGAAACCAUCCAGCGGACACAAAACAGGCUUUAUGAGCCGCCAGAGCGCUCGAGUCGCCUACAAAGCCGGCCAUCAAGUUUCUUUCAGUCGAGUUACCGGCACGCCCCGAACCCGACUAGCUUCCCCAAAUCUCUCCGGGGUAGCAGCAACAACACCACCUCAGUCCUCUCUUCAGAACAUGUUUACGGUGCCAAUUUUCCUCCUAUUAUUCCUUCACAACAGCCAGGAUUGCGGACAAAAGCUCGCAAAAUUUCCAAAUCGCUCAAGAGUAGGCUCAAGGGGUUCUUUAGUCGUCCCAAGAAUAGGGAUGACCUUGCGGACCAAACUGGAGAGCAUCACCAGGACCUUGAGUCGGAUGAUGGCAGCUGCUACCGUGCCCAGACACCAGGAUUACCCCAAGAAGCAUCAGUGUAUCGUGUAGUCUCCCACAUGCCUUCUUUCCAUGCCGUGCCACCUAGCCAACAGCCCAGGUCACGACAAGGAAGCUUGGGAACUAUUGAAGCUGAAGACAAUGCGCUCGACGACGACAAAUCACGAGUCACUAGCUGGACCAACUCUACAGCAGACACAAUUGCAAAUCGACCAAUGUCUGCAAACUGGAGUCGGCAAUACCCAUCUAACUUUCAACAAGACGGCACAGAAGCUGCAUUCUCGUCUCACAACCAACCCUCGAUGUAUCACAAUAGCGUGUCACAUGCCGGCCCCAUAGUCAAUAGUGACCGCGUGUACUCGGCACUCAUGAAGAGGCUAAGAGAAACAAAUGGGGAUCAAAAUCAGUUAACGGGCAAAGGCCAGAGGCCUCGAGAUUCUGUCGAGACAAAUUCACUCCAAAGCACUUCGACAAUAAGACGGCAACCCCGCCAGCCCACAAAUGAAGGAUCCGCUCAUACAAUCCGCCAUGUUCAGUAUGAGGACGACAUUUUCCAAGAUAGUACUGAAGAGUCGACCGCAUCGCAUUAUUCUUCGGAAUCUACAAAGAGCGUCAUUAGACGACAUCAGUCUUCGGAUUCACUGCAAAACUACGGCCAUGAAACCUGUCCCAGCCUGGGCUACGGCGGGGGGUCAGGAUUGUCUCCUAACAGGAAUGACAUGAAGCCACCUGCAGCUGGCGAAUCCCAAAAACCAACGCUCUCUGGACGAAGCUCGGCCUUUUUUGCCAGUCCGACAUGCCACCUAUUUCGUACGACCAGUCCGUAUCGUCGAGCUCUGCAAGAAAGCAUGAAGGCCGCCCAAGCAGACGAUCAACUUCAAACGCCAAACGCCAAAGAUCUCAGCUCUCUGUCUGGGAUUAGCCUGCCUACGCGCCGUCUAAGCACAGAAGAUGAUUCUGAUGACGAUGUGCGAGUGACAUACGCAGAGAGCGUGUACUCCAACUCUAGUGAAGAGAAUGAGCCACAUGUUUAUAGCACCUCGUCUGCUUCGAGAUCGACAGAAGACGAGCCAGGGCACCAAGUUCACGGAGAUGCCACCAUUUUCCUCAACACAGAAAGACGGCAGCUGCCGCCCACGAACCACACUCGAGAUAGCUCUUCUGCCAGCUCUGUCGAGUGGAAGACGUGGCUCAGCGCCAACGUGUCUAAGCUGGAGACGCCUCCAACGACACUGAAACCUGAUUUCCCACAAGAGCCUUCAUCUGCCCCCCAGGAUUUUAGUCAUGUCAGGGAGAAGGCAGAGAUUGAGACGGGUAUUGAGUCUGAUGCGGACGAUUAUCCUCAAGUUGCAGCAUGUGCGGGCCUUCCACCUAAGCUGGCGCCAAACAAAGAUUAUCGUGGUCCCUCUGUCUUGACAGCGCUGGCAAGAGAACAAUCUUUCCUUGAGAAUCCCUGGCAGCCCAAGUCUACGACCACCAACGAAAACUCACCACCGGUGUCAGGGGCACGACCCAAAAGCCUAUAUUGUAAAGACGCCUCACCCAUGGCUGCAACAGACAAUCUACGCACCAUCCCUUCAGUGCCCAACGUCAACACCUGUGUAGCCAACCGUGAUUCGUUAGUGAUUGAGCCGCGAACAUCCUCUCUCAACACAUGCUCUAGGCCAUUCGACCCCCUCUUAGAAGAGGCGCGGGGCCUCAAACGACGCUCACGAACUCGCUUGAGAGCAUACGACGGGUCGGCCAAGUCCAGCCCAGGCUUUACAACCGCUCUUGAGAGGCAGUUUGGGGUUAGUAGGACAGGCUCACCACGGGUAUGGAAGGCGGAGGAGUCGUCAGGCGAACUUGGGUCAGAGGCAGAUCCGGGAAUUGACGAGCUGGGGCGUCGAGACUUUGACGCGCAGGCCAUGGGAAGCAGGAGGAUGGUGGAUUUGUUUCUGAGCAGCCGGCAGCAGAGAGUUGCGGGCAGCCAGACGCGACAAAGCAGCGAUAGUCUGUCGGCCGCCUUUGUCUAA